AGAUCGCCGCUGGCUUCGGUCGGUUGAAACGUCAAAUCGCAUUUGUAUGUGUCAAAAUGGCGUUCGGGAUUAUUUAGUUUUAACAAUAUUAAACAACAUUUUUUUUUGAUUGGGUGUGGCCCAGUCUCACGCGGCAUUCAGGGAUCUGUGGUAGCGGGGGCCGCCUACGAUCCGUGCGCGAGUGUUUGUAGAGGGUCGUAGCAGGAAGGAAGACCGCAGGGCGCGCGCCCGCUUCUCCGGGGGGCUUGGCAUUCUUUGCGCGCACUUCGUGUGUGUGUGUGUGUGUAUGCAUAUACGUACAUAUGAUCGGGGUGUAAACUGGUAUAAACUUUCGUGAGAGAUUCGCAUAGGUUAUAUAUAUAUAUAUAUAUCUGCUUAUCUCUGUAAACAAACGGAACGCGCGCAAUCUUAUACAAAUCGCAGUGAUAAAUAAACAUCAACAAAAUCGUCUGAAUUCCAAGUCGGGCUUCCGGCCCUAAUUCUAAUUGGAAUUUGGAGAAUCCUUAACGCAGUAACGAUGACCAGACAAGAGCGCAUUCGCAUUGUGGGGGUUGUUGUGGAGUGAUAAAGUGUUUAGUUUUUAGUACUUUUUUUUAAAUUUCAUUCACCAUAAGGCUCGAGUGAGUUUCAAAGUAAAAUGUCACGGUUAGCUGAUUACUUUGUCAUAGUUGGAUAUGAUCACGAAAAAGAAAGAAGUGGCAUCAGCAAUGGCAUGAUAUUGCAGAGGUUCCCUGAAAAGGACUGGAGUGACACACCGUUCAUUGAAGGCAUUGAAUGGUUCUGUCAACCUCAAGGAUGGGCUCUCUCCACAGACAGACAGGAGCCAAGGUUCUUUGUCUCUGUCCUCACUGACAUCGAUGCAAACAGGCAUUACUGUGCCUGCCUCUGCUUCAAUGAAACUGUUUCCAUUAAACCCAGCAAACCUGUUGAUGAGGAUGAAGACACAGUGGAUGGUGAAACAUCACUGGCCAGACUGAUACCAGUCAUCUCACAUCACAGUAUUAUGUACGCUCCCAAGUGUCUGGUACUGGUGUCUAGACUUGAUUACAUUGAGACCUUUCGAAAUUGUUUGGGUAUUAUAUAUACUGUGUACGUGGAGAAUUUGAAUGUGCACUUGGAGACUUUGGUGGGCAACAUUUUGGGAUGCAUCCAGGUGCCACCUCCUGGUGGACCCCAGGUACGUUUCAGCAUUGGAGCAGGAGAUAGGCAAGCACUGCAGCCGCCGAUCAGCCCUUCUUUGCCAGUGACACAUACCUCGGUUAAUUUGCUUUUUCAGCAAUUAGGUAUAAGAAAUGUGUUAGUGUUGUUUUGUGCCAUAAUGACGGAACACAAGAUUUUAUUCCACUCGAAGAGCUACAACCGUCUGACGGAGGCGUGUCGAGCGCUCACUGCCCUCAUGUAUCCAUUCCGGUACAGCCACGUCUACAUACCUCUGCUGCCAGCAGCCCUCGUGGAAGUCCUCUCCACGCCCACCCCGUUCAUCAUGGGCGUGCACUCAUCGCUGAGGUCGGAGGUGGCCGAACUAAUGGACGUGAUUGUCGCCGAUUUGGAUGGCGGCUCGAUCACCGUCCCGGACGGCGUCUCGUUGCCGCUACUCCCCGAGCCUUUGCUCAGCAAUAUGCAGGAACAGCUGAGUCUUAUCCUGCAGCCGGAGCUGAGCUGCGCCGACCACGCCUUCCCGCCCUUAGCGGUAAGGGCGCCCGAACAGGUGAUGCUGGACAAGGAGAUUCGCGCCGUCUUUAUGCGCCUCUUCGCACAACUCCUGCAAGGCUACCGCAGCUGUCUCACGCUGAUCCGUAUCCAUCCGAAACCGGUGAUCACCUUCCACAAGGCCGCCUUCCUCGGAGAGCGAAACCUCAUCGACUGCGACUUUACGACGCGCGUCCUCGACUGCAUGUUCUUUACGAGUUUUGUGGCAGAAAGGGGUUCUCCUUGGAGGCCGUGCGACGUCUGGGAUGAGUUGUACAGCAACUUAGGUGACUACCUGAAGUCGGAGACGCAGAGUCCUCGACAUCUGUUAGUGCACAUCCAGGAGCUAGCUCAUCAGUUGUACACGAACGAGAACCCCAAUCCGCAGUUGUACUCGCAGAAGAUCCUAGCGCCGCCUGAGGGCGCCUUCGCUCGCAUCCAUCAGCCUCCACUGCCGACCAUCGACCCGCAGCAAGUGCAGACCAUCAUAGACGAGGGACUCUCUAAGAACAAUCUCAAAUCCAGCGGAGACUAUGCUUGGUUGCAAUCAUUGAGACCAACCCAGCCAAGGAUAGUGCCGAUGGGACCACACAUAUCAAAUCUGAACGAGAAUAAAAACAUAUUGAGUAACUCUGCCAGAAGGUUGGAGGUGUUACGGAGCUGCGUAAAUUGCAUAUUCGAAAAUAAGAUAUCGGAUGCGAGGAAGACUUUUCCGGCGGUGCUUCGUGCUCUGCAGUCGAAGGCGGCGCGUUUGGCGUUAUGCAAUGAGUUGGCCCAGCAUGUCGUAGGGAAUAAAGCCAUGCUCGAGCACCAGCAGUUUGAUCUGGUGGUGCGUCUGAUGAAUUGCGCUCUGCAAGACGACUCCUCCAUGGACGAACACGGGGUUGCCGCUGCUCUACUCCCGUUGGCCGCUGCUUUCUGCAGAAAGCUCUGCACAGGUGUCAUACAGUUUGCGUAUACUUGCAUACAAGAGCAUGCCGUGUGGCAGAACCAGCAGUUCUGGGAAGCCGCCUACUAUCAGGACGUGCAGAAAGAUAUAAAGGCCCUGUACCUGCCGCGAACGGACACGAUCUCGCCUCGGCUGGGUAACGAUCUUAUCAUUAGUCCGACGUCGCCUAGGGAGAACAAGGACGUGAUCUGGAGCAAUCGCAGGUCCAUCAUCAACCGGGUGGCAGAACCUAGUGCUUUGGAGAUCGCCGCCGAGCAGAUGCGUCUGUGGAACACAAUCGAUGCGACCAAGCAAAAUGAGUUGGUGACUAGCGAGGAGAGCACUCUCUACAGUCAGGCUAUUCACUAUGCUAAUCGCAUGGUUGCUUUACUCAUUCCAUUGGAUAUUGGCAACAAAACACAUAAGCAGGAUCAUCACAUUGACGACGAGCAGGCCAGCAACAGCAUCACGAACAGUGUCGCGGAAAGUGACAGCGCCGAUGCGGAAAGCGGCUUUGAGGAUCAGGAUCCGGGUGAGACAGGUGCGACGGUGAUACGUCUUGUCUCACGGUUUUUGGACAAGGUCUGCAACGAGGGUGGCGUUAGUAGGGACCACAUUAAGAAUCUCCAUCAAAUGGUUCCGGGUGUCGUCUUCAUCCACAUCGAGACGUUGGAGGCCGUCUACAGGGAAUCGAAGCGGUUGCCGCCCAUCCAAAAGCCCAAGAUCAACAUGCCCAAUAUGCUACCAGGCGAGGAACCAAUUACAGAUGGGCUGCGUGUGUAUCUUCUCCCGGAUGGACGAGAGGAGAGCACCGCCGGGAACUUGGGCGGACCACCGCUUCUCCCUGCAGAAGGUGCCAUCUUCUUGACGAACUACAGGAUCAUUUUCAAGGGGACACCUUGCGAUUCAUUCGCCUGCGAGCAGAUCGUCGUUCGGGCGUUUCCUGUGACCUCCCUGACCAAGGAGAAGCGAGUGGCCGUACAGUAUUUGGCGCAUCUGGAUCAAUGGUUGCAGGAAGGUCUGCAGCUCAGAUCGUGCACGUUUCAGCUGAUGAAGUUGGCUUUCGACGAGGAGGUUACUCCGGAGAACAUCGAGAGUUUGCGUAAGAUGAUACACAAGAUGCGCCAUCCGCCCACGGUCUUCCAUCAUUUUGCCUUCGCCGGACAGGUGAUGGUUUCGCAGACACCUCUGCAUAAAGGCAAAGAGAAGAACGCUACAUUGCGAGGCUUUGCCAAGAAGACGUUACUAAAGACGGCUCGUCGCGCCGGUUUCAAGCAGAAACCGACCUCAAAGCGACAGAAGUACGUGCUGCCCGAUAUGAACGUUUCGAAUUCGUCCAAGUACAUGACAUCUCCGGGUCGCAUGAGUCUGCCUAAUCAUCACGGCGAUGAUUACCCGCACGAGGAUGAUAUCUCCGUCGAUGAUUUCGAGCAGACUCCCCCGAAUAGUAUAAUUGUGCCUCCGCAAACCGAUGUGAAGACAUUGGAACGUCUCGCGGAGAGGAGCUACGUGCGCGACUGGCAACGCCUUGGCCUGUGCAAUUACAGUGGCUCACCAACUGCUAAAUCAUCAACGCCCGAUCAGUUCCGAUUGACGUCAGUGAACUCUGUCUACAUGAUUUGUCGCAGUUAUCCUGCCCUUCUGGUGAUGCCCUCGAACGUCACCGAUGAGUCGAUUCGCAGGUUCUGCAGGUGCUAUCGCCAGGGUCGCAUACCGAGCAUCACGUGGAGGCAUCCCAAGACCAAAGCGUUGCUUCUGAGAGGCGCCGGACAUCACGGCAAGAGCGUCAUGGGAAUGCUGAAAAGCCAUCCGACCACCAACAACAUGACGGAGACCACAUCGUCGCUGGAGCAAGAGAAGUAUCUAUCAGCAUUGGUCACGGCCACGCCCAUAUUCAAUCAGAGGGUUGGGUGGGGCAAGUCGGAUAGCAGUCUGAGCAUCGAUUCGUUGCUGUUCGCCACGGAGGAGCAUUUGGGGGGCGGAGCAGGGGGCACGUUGACGCCCGACGUCUCGCGACGGUCAAAUCCGCUGAAGACCAUUGGUACGUUGGGCGUGUUUCCCAGGAACAGCGGCGGGAAAGGACCGAAGAACUUUGGUCGCUGGGGAUCGCUCAAGGAUAAAAGGCACAGCUCUCAGGCAUCUCUGAGCAACGUGCCGCAGAACAGGACUAACAUCAGGCAUUCCGUGGAUGUGGCCGACGCGACGGACGGCGUCAACUCAUUGCAGAGGGCGGCUCUGUACAUUCUAGGUGAAAAAGCACAAAUGAAGGGAGUGAAAGUGGAAUCUGCACCGAAAACUGAUUUCAUACCGGUAGAGUAUUGCGACGUGAGACAUACGAAGGCGGCAUUUAAAAAACUGAUGCGCGCCUGCAUUCCGAGCUCGCAACUGGAGCCAGACCAAAGUUUCCACAAAUUGAUCGAGAAUUCCGAAUGGCUGCAGCAGCUGCAAAACAUCAUGCAGCUUUCCGGUGCUGUCGUCGAUCUGUUGGAUCUUCAGGGAUCGUCGGUGGCGAUCUGUCUGGAGGAUGGUUGGGACAUCACCGCGCAGAUAUCGUCAAUCGCGCAACUCUGCCUGGAUCCGCACUAUCGUACUCUGGAAGGUUUCCGGGUGCUGGUGGAGAAGGAGUGGAUCGGAUUCGGUCACAGGUUCAGUCACAGGAGCAACCUGAACGCGAAUUCGCAAGCGAGCGGUUUCGCGCCGACCUUCCUUCAAUUCCUCGACGUCGUCCACCAGAUCCAACGGCAAUAUCCGAUGGCGUUCGAGUUCAACGAUUACUACCUGCGUUUCCUCGCAUACCAUUCGGUGUCGUGUCGCUUUCGAACGUUCCUGUUCGACUGCGAACUGGAACGUGUCGAAAGCGGCGUCGCCGCCGUCGAGGACAAACGCGGCUCGCUCACGUCGCACCACAAAAGCGUGGACACCAUCUCCGACGACGAGAGCGUUUAUCCCGGCGGCAGGAUGGCCGGCACACAGAGUGGUACCAAUCUGGGACAGAGCGUCUUCGAUUACAUAGAAAAACAGAACGCCAGGAGCCCGCAGUUCUUUAACUUCAUGUACACGCCCGGCCUCGAGCAUCAGGUUUUGAGGCCUCAAUCCAAUCUGGCGUGUCUGGAUGUGUGGAGUUAUUACAUAGAUGAAGAACUCGCGCACGGUCCCAGCUACGAUGUGGAAAUUAUACAGAUGGACACGCAGCAGGAGGAGGAAGCCGAAGCUGCCGACGGCAUCAACAAUAAGUCGAUGCGCAAGACCAUCACCAUGGGUUACGAGAGCGUGAAUAAAACCGUACCGGAGGCGUUCAGUCAUCUCCUAGAGGAAAUCCAUCGUUUGGAAACAGAGCUGGGGCAUCUGCCGCAGAAGUGGAAAGUGCUCUGGGAUAAACUCGAGAUUCCAUCCACCGAUUCUUUAACGAGACACGCUUCGUUCAGUACGGCUCUGGUGAGGUCGCACGGUAGGCUCGUGCACAAGAGAUCAACUUUGGAGAUCUUGAUGCGUGGAAAGAUGGUCGGUGCAGCUGAAUCCUCUUUGGUCUAUUCGCAUCCCCAUCGCUUCGAAAAGUACAAUUACACGACUCCGACGCACUGCGAUCAGUGUCCGCACCUCCUCUGGGGACCAGUCAAGAUGGGUAUGAGGUGCGUGGACUGCGGCUUCAGCUGCCACGAGAAGUGCAUGGAGAGCGUCACGAAGAACUGCACCAUGUACAAGACGGUCAGCGACAAUUCGACAACGCAGACGAUGCCCGGCAGCGGCGGCGACAACGGAUCCGUGAGUUCAGUAGGAAGCGCCCGACAAACAUCGAGCCAACAGUACUACGAGCAGUUCUCCUCGAACGUCGCCGAGAAUCGGACGCACGAAGGAUACCUCUACAAGAGGGGCGCUCUGCUCAAGGGAUGGAAACAACGUUGGUUCGUUCUCGACUCCAUCAAGCAUCAGCUUAGGUACUACGAUGCGAUGGAAGACUCCCAUUGCAAGGGAUUCAUUGAUCUUGCCGAGGUGAUGUCCGUGCAGCCGGCGGCUCCAGCUCCCGGACCACCGAAGAAAACCGAUGACAAAUCCUUCUUCGAUUUGAGAACAAGUCGAAGAACGUACAACUUUUGCGCUGCGAAUGCAAUAGCCGCACAGGAGUGGAUAGAGAAGCUACAAGCCUGCCUCCAAUAAAUAAAAUUUAAAACAAUAAAAAAGCGAGCCAAUCGCCGAUCAGCGAAACGAAAAAUCGAAAUGACCAAGAACACGCCCAUCCGUUCGUUCUUCUUCGUCCGCUCCAAGAAAGGUUUGAUUACAAUUCAUAGUUUGAUUGUUAUUUGUUGAACUUUUCGUUCGUUUCUCAUUUAUUCGACAAGGAAUAACGUUAAUCCACGUUUUCUGCAUAUAUAUUUGGUACAAUGAGGGUACGAUGCUCGGAGAAAAGAAAACAAUUAAUCUGCUCAAUUCUGUGCUCUCAUAACAAUACGACUCGACUCAAUCCGUUUGUGUAGUGUUAGUAUACUAGUUUAAUGAUGAUGAUGAUGAUAUUUCGUUGUUGAUGAUGAUGAAUGAUUAUUAUUAUUUUGUCGUAUUUAUAUAUGUAUUUUAUAUGUAUAUAAAUAUAGUAUGUAUUUAGUGAAGAAAGAAGGGCGUGAAUACGCGAAGAGAGAGAGAGAGAGUUGAAAGGGCGGGAGGGAGAGAGAUAUAU